AUGAGCACAACAACUGGCAUUUAUCAUUGGAAACUAGGCGAUGUUGCUCUAGCAAGAAUUUGUAAAAAAAUUUACGCCAAAGUACAAGUAGUUAAAAACGAAGAUGGUUUGUUUCAUGACAAAAAAGUUUUAGGUAUAUCAGCUAAUGAGGAAGGCCUAACAAUAACAAAACAACUCUGUUACUAUGUGGAGAUCAUGCAUUCUAAGCAAAGGUUGUGGCUACCGUACACUUGCAUGCACUUAGCUGAACGUUCCAGACCUUUCUAUGGACCUACUUCUAAACCUGUGACUAAGCCAGCAGUAAAAACUAUACCAAGAAAGAGAAAGAUUAAGGAGGACCAUAUUUUACCCUUAAAUGUGAAACCAUCUAAGUUCAAGGAGCCAGAUUUAAAUGUUUCGUUUGAAAUCAGACAAAUGCCCCUUAAACAGGGAAAAUAUGAUAACGCAUUUAAAGAAUUUGUUCGUCUUGGUAAAGAAGAAAUAUUUGAUUAUUUUUACAAUUGUCUUUGCAACAAUAAAGAGUCUAAUGUGGAUACUAUUGAUUAUCUUCAAAAUAUCGAUGCGAGUACGGAAGAUAAGUUCGAAUUGGUCAUCAAAAAUAUCCUUAGUGAAAAGGAAAUAGAGAAUUAUCUACAUCAAUGUUGGAGGUAUAACUUUGUACACAAGCAAAUAGACAGCAAGGAUUCAUCCGAACAUUCUAAGUAUUCUUCGGCAAAAGCUCCUGUAACCGUCCACAUACCAUGGUGUUUAGUAUGUGGUGUUGGAGAAAAAUUAAGAGAAUGUACUAAUUGCCCGUCAUCUUUCCACCUUGCUUGUAGAAGGGAAUGGUUAACAUCUAUAAUACAUCGUAAAAAUCCACCUAAAAAAACUCAAAAGGUGACUUUCGUAGAGAAGAUUUUAUCGAGCACUCGAGCAAUUUGCACGGUGCAAAAAGACAAGGAAAACGUUGAUCUGUGCCCCAGCUGCAUGUGGGGUCCCAGAGUUGGGUACGACGACGUGGUGUGGCACAAGCUGGGCAGCUGCCCGUGGUGGCCGGCGCGCGUGCUGCCGCCGGGCGCCGCGCCCUCGUGCCUGCUGGCGCGCGCGCACUCGCCGCGCCAGUGGCCGCUCAAGUACUACGGUACGUUAAACUAUUCCUGGGGCGAUUCGAACAGAAUGUGUUUAUUUCUGCCCAAACAAACAACAGCCUUACAACCGAGGGACGAAACUCUCCGCCAGGCGAUGCUGGACGCUUGUGAUGACUACAUUGCUGUAUAUUUAACAUAAACAAACAAUAUUGAAUCACGAUAUUAAAUCAUUUAUAAUAAAAUAUUUUAAUUUUUGUACUACUAAGACUUAAAAGUGGUACC